AUGUCAAAUACUUCAAUCGAUUCAUCAAGUUCUAUAUUAUUAGAUUUAAUUCAAGCAUCAAUUAUUCUUCCAAUUAUGGAGAAAUAUAUGACGGUUUUAUUAUAUAUCGCUGGUUUUAUUGGUUCUGUUCUGAAUAUUUUUAUUUUUCUUCAAAAACAAUUUCGUUUUAAAUCAUGUUCAACAUAUUUUCUUGCAACUUCAAUAACUGAUUUUUUUUUUAUUAAUACAUUUAUUUUAAUGCAAUUAAUUAGUUUAUUUAAUCCAACAAUAUUCAUAGUCAUGACAAAAACUAAUUUAUGGUGUAAACUUUCAAAUUAUUUCUUUUUUCUUCUUCCUUGUCUUGCAUCAACCUAUAUAACAUUUGCAUCAAUUGAUCGUUUUUGUGCAAGUUCAUCAAAUAAUAAAUUACAAAAAUUUAAUCAAUUAAAAUUUAGUCGUAUUUUAUCUUUAAUUAUUUUAUUAUUUUGGCUUUUAUUUUCUUUACAUAUUAUAAUAUCAUAUAAUCGUAUUCAAAUUACUCCAACAAGUUCAGUACGAUGUACAGUUCAAUUAAAUCUUGUUGAUAUCUUUAUUUUUCUUGAUGGAUUUUUCUAUGCGAUCUUUAAUGGUAUUAUUGUACCUUUUGUUUUAAUUAUAUUUGGUUUAUUAAUAUUUCGAAAUGUAAAAUUUAUUUCUUAUCGAAUUUAUCCACAACAAUUAUCAAAUAAUUUACUUUCAUAUCGAAGUAAUAAACAUUUAAUAAGAAUGCUUUUAUUUCAAGUUAGUGUAACAAUUCUUUUAUAUAUACCAUAUAUUACUUAUUAUCUUUAUGGAAUUUAUAAUUCAUCACCUAGUCAAUUAUUAAAUUUAUUAAUUUAUAGAAUAUUUAAUUAUAUUGCACGAUGGUUUUGGUUAGUAAUUUAUUGUAAAAAUUUUUAUAUAAAUAUAAUAUCAAGUAAAACAUUUCGAAAAAUUCUUAAACGAAAAUUUUUUAAUAUUAUUCAACAAUUAAAAAAUAUUAUUUUUUGA